CGGUGGAGCAGGAGCCGCCGCCAUUUUGGUUUCGCUGCCUCGGCUCGGAGCACAGGGCCGAAGCGGCGGCCGGUCGCUCCGGGUCCCGCCCUGGCCCCGUCCGCGCGGGCGGCCGGGAAGAUGCGGCGCGGAGGAGCCCGUCCUCGGCCCCGGCCGUGUUGUCGCUGACACGAGUAAAAGAUGCUGGCUGCCAGUAGUGGAACAGAUCUUCUGUGGAACACACCUCUGUAAAUCUUCCCUCCAGUUACCUGAAGGCAAAUAUUCCGCCUGUGAUGGACCCUCGGAAUACUGCUAUGUUAGGCUUGGCUUCCGAUUCUGACGGGUUUGCUGGGAAAAGCCCCUCUGUGGCAAACGUUGGCACGGUGGUGGGCAAAGGGGAAGCCGAGCUAGAAAGUUGCGCCAAGGAAGAAGACGACGGCAAGAAGAAGAACCGGGAGGGGACCAGCGCCGAGAAUGGGAAGAACGAGGCUCUGAGCGACGCGCAGCAACAGUUUUCGGUGAAAGAAACCAAUUUUUCCGAGGGAAACUUGAAGCUGAAGAUUGGGCUUCAAGCCAAGCGAACGAAAAAGCCUCCCAAGAACCUGGAGAAUUAUGUGUGCCGGCCCGCUAUAAAAACCAGCAUCAAACAACCCAGAAGGGCACCCAAGAGUGGGAAGAUGACAGAUGAGAAGAAUGAGCAUUGUCCUUCGAAACAAGACCCUUCAAAGUCGUACAAGAAAGCCGGAGAAGCUGCAACAGUUGAAUUACGUGUGGAAGAAGGUAUACAAGUAGAAACAAAUCCUUUAGCUAAGAAAGUUCCCCCAUUGCACUCUGAAAUGACCGAUUAUAUAAAGUCAUCUCCUCCGACCCUUAUCAGUAGCCAUAAUUCUGACUUAAAGGAUAGAACACAAAUUAACGGAGCGACAACUGUAACAGAAAAAUUGGCUCAACUUAUCGCAACUUGUCCCCCUUCGAAGUCUUCCAAAACAAAGCAGAAGAAGCCUGGAAACGGAACCGCGUCUGGUUUGCUGAAAGACUCUGGGAAGAAGCUGCCUGGAACCGUAACGGCAAGUGGGUUAGUUAAUAAAGAUUUGGUAAAGAAAUUGCCGGGAUCUGGUCUUGCAGUUGGUUUGGUGAAUAAGGACUCAGGGAAGAAGCCGUUAGGGAUCGGUAGCGCAGCCAUAUUGGUGAACAAGGACUCUGGGAAGAAGCCACAAGGAAUCGGCCCGUUAAUCGGCCUGGUUAACAAGGACUCUGGGAAGAGGCCGCCAGGGAUCAGCACCCCAGCUGGGUUAGUUAACAAGGAUUUGGGAAAGAAACAGCCGGUGACCAGCUCCGCAGUGGGAUUAAUCAGCAAAGAUGUUGGGAGGAAACUUCUGGGUAUCAGCACUCCAGUGGGAUUGACUAGUAAAGAGCCUGUCAAGAAGCCGUUGGGGAUUGGCGCUCCGACAGGGUUGAUUAACAAGGAUGCCGGGAAGAAAUUGUUGGGAAUAAGUAGUCCUACAGGACUGGUGAACAAGGAUUCGGGGAGAAAGAUGCUGGGAACUGGCAGUCCGGCAGUUCUGCCCAACAAAGACUCCGGAAGGAAAACACCAGCGAUCGGCAGCCCAGCGGGACCAGUUAACAAGGACUGCGGGAGGAAGAUGCCGGGAAUGAGCAGUCCGGUGGGGCUGGUGAGCAAGGACUCUGGAAAGAAGCCGCCAGGAAUGGGCAAUCCGGUGGGUUUGGUUAACAAGGACUCUGGAGCUCUGAAAGCAGAUGCUCUCCUGCCCUCCUCGGAGCCCUUUGACCUUCCUUGCAGUUCAGACCUCAGCAGCCUCGAAAGCCAUGAGACUACAGAUUUACUGAAGGAAAAUACCACUAGCAAAACGUUUGAGAAGCAUAGUAUGAGGCAGAGUAAAGAAAGCAUCUUGGACAAAUUUUCGAUUCGGAAAGAAAUCGCUGAUGUAGGCAAGGAGAUGUUUGGUGAAGGAAUCUGCGUUCCACAGGAUGCUUACUCAACCGGUGAGAAAGGGAUUUACGAAACGUCAAAGCACGAAAAACAGCCCCCAGUAUAUUGCACUUCGCCAGACUUCAGAACAGGAGGCGCCUCAGACGUAUCGACGGCAAAGUCCCCGUUCAGCGCGGUGGGAGAGGGAAACCUCCCGUCGCCUUCACCCACGGUGUCUGUUACCACCUUGAACAGGAGCCUCUCGACGACGCUGGCGUCCAGCGCGUUGCAUUUGAGUUCCACGGCGGAUCUCUUAGAAGGCAUCUCGGACCAGAUUGGCAAAACCCAGUUUUCCUCUGGCAGUACGCUUCUGAAUAUUAACAGAACGUUGAACCACGCUCUGAGCACUGAUUUUAAAGGUGCUGAUAAAGAUUUGAAUGAUUCGAAAGCUGCUUACGUAGAAACUUCAAGAACUAGUCCUUCUACAGGGAAAAAGCCGAUUUUGGCAGCUGAAACAAACAUCCAUGCUACUGUCACCCCUUCAGUAGUUAGUUUUACGAGCUUGUUUAGCAGCAAGCAGUUCCUAAAGAUCGGUGCGAUAGCUGCAGCGGAUAAAUCCUGCCAAGGAGCAAAAAACCUGAGCGCUACUCAGCAAUCCAAACCUCUAAAGAAAAGGAAAGGAAGGAAGCCACGGUGGACUAAGGUGGUGUCACGAAACGCCUGUCGACCUCCGAAAGGUCUAGAACUAGAAAGGUCAGAGCUUUUUAAAAAUAUUUCCUACAGUGCACUAUCGAGCGGGAACUUGGAGCAGGCCAAAUUCUUGAAAAACAUAGGAUCGUCUUCAUUCGUGGAGCACGAGUUUGUCAAGCAUCAGUUGCCAAAGCUGAGCGAAAGCAGCGGACAGUCUCUGGCGCUGUUAGCCGAGGCUGACAAGCAAACUCCAAAGUUCUACAGCGCUCACAAACAACCCUCUGGUUUGUGUAUGUCCGACGAUUUCUUGCCUGAUAUGUAUAAACCCAAAAGGGGAAGACCGAAAUCCAAGGAGAUGCCGGAGCUCGAAGGUCCUCCCAAAAGAACUCUAAAGAUCCCAGCGUCCAAAGUCUUUUCGAUGCAGUCGAAAGAAGAGCAAGAACCUCCGAUUUUGCAGCCUGAAGUAGAAAUUCCCUCCCUGAAACAGAGCUUAGCAGGACAAGCUUUUCCCAAGAAGAGAGGGAGACCUAAAAGGCAGAUCAGGUCAUCCAUUAAAAUGAAGCCACCUAUUCUUUCUGUGGCACCUUUCGUUGGAACAGAUAACUCGAGCAAGAUGGAAUCGGAGAGCGAUCAGCACCGAGGCGGGGACUUUUUUGAGCGAAAGGACCAGCUCCGAGGGCCAGAAGAAGUCCAAAAACCUCCCAUUUGCAGUAUGACUGAUUUGGAAGUAGACUCGGACAGAAAAGUCGCCAAGAGAAAUAACGGACAGUUAAUGAAAACAAUUAUCCGAAAAAUAAAUAAAAUGAAGACCCUGAAGCGAAAGAAGCUUUUGAAUCAGAUUCUGUCUAGUACAGUGGAACCAAAUAACAAAGGGAAAGUGCAAUCGAAACUCCACAACACAGUGUCGACCCUUGCUGCCACGUUUGGUUCGAAAUUAGGCCAGCAAAUAAAUGUCAGCAAAAAAGGAACCAUUUAUAUAGGAAAAAGGAGAGGAAGGAAGCCUAAAGCUGUCCUGAACGGUAUUUUAACCGGCAGCUCUGCUGGUUUGGCGGUUCUGGAGAAGUCAGCUCAACAAAUCCCGGGGACGUCACUAGGACAAGUUCUUCCCCAUCUGCUGCCUUCACCAACGACUAACUCCGAGAUUCUUCCGUCCCCGGUUUGCUCGCAGUCGUCCGCGGUGAGCGGGGGCCAGAGCCCCGCGGGCAGCGACGCGGGCUUUAUCGAGCCCAGCUCGGUGCCGUACUUACACAUCCACUCCCGGCCAGGGAGCGUCGUCCAGACCCUCGCCAUGAAAAAAGCCGCCAAGGGAAGGAGGAGAUUAUCUCCCCCGACGCUGCUGCCAAACUCUCCUUCUCACCUGAGCGAGCUGACGUCGCUCAAAGAGGCCACUCCGUCCCCGGUGAGCGAGUCCCACAGCGACGAGACCAUUCCCAGCGACAGCGGGAUAGGAACGGACAACAACAGCACUUCGGAUCGAGCCGAGAAAUUCUGCGGGCAGAAGAAGAAAAGGCAUUCGUUCGAUCACGUUUCCCUCAUCCCGCCCGAAACUUCCACCGUGCUGAGUAACCUGAAAGAAAAGCAUAAACACAAAUGCAAGCGCCGCAGUCACGAUUACCUCAGUUACGACAAGAUGAAGAGGCAGAAGCGAAAAAGGAAAAAGAAGUACCCUCAGCUUCGAGGCAGGCAGGACCCGGAUUUCCUCGCCGAAUUAGAAGAAUUAAUAAGUCGAUUAAGCGAAAUCCGAAUAACCCACAGAAGCCACCACUUCAUCCCGCGAGAUUUACUGCCUACCAUUUUCAGGAUAAAUUUCAACAGCUUCUACACUCAUCCUACUUUUCCUUUAGAUCCUUUGCACUACAUUAGGAAACCUGAUUUAAAGAAAAAGAGGGGCAGGCCUCCCAAAAUGCGCGAGGCGAUGGCAGAAAUGCCGUUCAUGCACAGCCUGAGCUUUCCUCUCUCCAGCACCGGGUUCUACCCCUCGUACGGCAUGCCUUACUCUCCCUCUCCCCUCGCGGCCGCUCCCAUCGGCUUAGGCUAUUACGGAAGGUACCCCCCGACUCUUUAUCCUCCUCCACCCUCUCCUUCUUUUACUACCCCCCUCCCGCCACCUUCCUACAUGCACACGGGCCACUUGCUUCUCAACCCCACCAAAUACCACAAGAAGAAGCAUAAACUUUUACGCCAGGAGGCUUUUCUCACGACGAGCCGGACUCCGCUCUUGUCCAUGAGCACGUACCCCAGCGUUCCGCCCGAAAUGGCUUACGGUUGGAUGCUGGAACACAAGCACAGGCAUCGCCAUAAACACCGCGAGCACCGUUCUUCGGAACAGCCGCAGGUUUCCAUGGACACUCUGGCGGCGAAUGGCUCCUCUAGAACGGUUCUGGAGUCCUUGAAGCGCUACAGGUUUGGGAAGGAGGCCGGGGAGAGGUACAAACACAAAGACAAACACAGAUGUCACAUGUCGUGUCCACACCUGUCGCCUUCCAAGGGUUUGCUAAGCAGAGACGAACAGUGGGUGCGGAGGGAGCCUUCGGAGCCUAAUUCCUUAGCGCUGGGGCUGCAGACGCCGCUCCAGAUUGACUGUUCGGACAAUUCCCCAGCUCUGUCCCUGGGGGGAUUCACUCCGAGCUCCGAGCCGCCCAGCAGCGACGAGCACACCAACCUUUUCACAAGUGCAAUAGGCAGCUGCAGAGUCGCAAACUCCACGGGCGCCAACGGCCGGAAAAAAUUAACGGACAGCCCGGGACUCUUCAGCGCUCAAGACAACGCGUUAAACCGCCCCCUCAGAAAGGAGCCCUUGCCCUCUAGCGACAAGGCGCUGCAGCCGCUGGCAGGCGCUUUGCCGACGCAGGACAAACCUCCCCAGCGACAGCCGGAGAGCACAAGCUGCAGCCCUUCCCGGAAGAGAUCGACGUCCGAGAGCGCGUCUUCCACAGGGGCCGGAGCCCCGACCCGGGGAGCGCGGCUGGCGAGCGGCGCUGACGACCCCGUGGACGGUUUGUUGCAGCGCAUGGCGCAGCACGACACCCAGAGCGCUCUGGACAAAACCUUAGAAGCCGUCAUGGCCAACGUGGCCGUUCCACCCUCAGCCAGUCCUGCUCGAAACCACAACCGGGAGCGGGCGCUGGGCAAACAGGACGGGCUGGGAGCCCCGGCCCUUCCCGGCAGCGAUAGCAACAUCUCGCUGCUGGCGGACACACUCCCGGACACCUACUCCCCGCAUCACCUCAAGAGGAGCGUGGUGGAAGCCAUGCAGCGCCAAGCGCGCAAAAUGUGCAAUUACAACAAGAUCCUGGCGACAAAAAAAAAUCUCGACCACGUCAAUAAAAUCCUGAAAGCCAAAAAACUGCAAAGGCAGGCGCGGACUGGGAAUAAUUUUGUGAAGCGCAGGCCGGGGAGGCCCCGAAAAUACCCGCUGCAGGCGGUGGUUUCCAUGCAGGCGUUCCAGGCGGCCCGGCUGGUCAGCCAGGAGUUGGAGAAACGAGAGGAGAGCAGCAGCCCCUUGCACCUGGGACCCGACACCAUCACGGACGUGAUCGAAGCCGUCGUGCAGAGCGUCAGCUUGAACCCGGAUCACCGCAAAGGCUGGAAGAGGAAGAGGUGGCUCGCGGAGGAACAGGCCAGGAAGCGGCAAAAGUCGUUAGCGGAAGACGAGCAGGAGAGCAAUAAGAGUUUCUCUGAGGCGGCAGCGGAACCUCCCAGUCCACACGACGCCCUUGGGAAACCGCCCGAAGCCGAGAACACGGAGCAGCCUCUGCCGCCUGUGACCCAGCGGGAGAAGAAAGCCCCUCGGCCCCCAAAAAAGAAGUACCAGAAGGCCGGGCUCUAUUCCGACGUCUACAAAACAGCCGACCCCAAGAGCCGCCUCAUCCAGCUGAAGAAGGAAAAGCUGGAGUACACGCCUGGGGAGCACGAGCACGGCUUGUUCCCGGCCCCCAUUCACGUCGGAAAGUAUCUCAGACAGAAGCGAAUCGACUUCCAGCUGCCGUACGACAUCCUCUGGCAGUGGAAACACAACCAGUUGUAUAAAAAGCCAGAUGUUCCGCUUUAUAAAAAAAUCCGUUCUAAUGUCUACGUGGAUGUCAAACCCCUUUCCGGCUACGAGGCCACUACCUGCAAUUGUAAGAAGCCCGAUGAGGAGAGCGGGAAGGGCUGCGUGGAGGAUUGUCUGAACAGGAUGAUCUUUGCGGAGUGCUCCCCCAACACGUGCCCGUGCGGCGAGCAGUGCUGCAACCAGCGCAUCCAGCGGCACGAGUGGGUGCAGUGCCUGGAGCGGUUCCGCGCCGAGGAGAAGGGCUGGGGCAUCCGCACCAAGGAGCCCCUCAAAGCCGGCCAGUUCAUCAUCGAGUACCUGGGGGAAGUCGUUAGCGAGCAAGAAUUCAGGAACCGGAUGAUCGAGCAGUAUCACAACCACAGCGACCACUACUGCCUGAAUUUGGACAGCGGGAUGGUGAUCGACAGCUACCGCAUGGGCAACGAGGCUCGCUUCAUCAACCACAGCUGCAACCCCAACUGCGAGAUGCAGAAAUGGUCCGUCAAUGGCGUGUACAGGAUCGGGUUGUACGCGCUCAAAGACAUGCCCGCUGGUACCGAAUUGACCUACGACUACAAUUUCCAUUCGUUUAAUGUUGAAAAACAGCAACUCUGCAAAUGCGGUUUUGAAAAAUGCCGAGGGAUCAUUGGUGGGAAAAGCCAGCGGGUGAACGGACUCUCCAGCAAGAGCAGUCAGGCCGUGAGCAGCCACAGGAGGCCCGGGCGCUCCAAAGAGAAAAGGAAGUCAAAGCACAAACUGAAGAAGAGAAGGGGCCACAUCCCAGAGGAGCCCAGCAAGAGCGUGAACGCGCCCACCCGGCUGACGCCGCAGCUGCAGAUGAAGCCCAUGUCCAACAGAGAGAGGAAUUUUGUGCUGAAACACCACGUCUUCUUGGUCCGAAACUGGGAAAAGAUUCGACAGAAGCAAGAGGAGGUGAAGCAGGUCAGCGACAACAUCCACCCCACGUCGCUCUACAACCGCUGGAACGGGAUCUGCCGGGACGACGGCAACAUUAAAUCCGAUGUCUUCAUGACCCAGUUUUCCGCCCUCCAGACCUCGCGCUCGGUGCGGACGCGGCGCUUGGCGGCGGCGGAGGAGAACAUCGAGGUGGCUCGCGCCGCCCGCCUGGCGCAGAUCUUCAAGGAAAUCUGCGACAGCAUCAUCUCCUACAAAGGUGAAGAUUCCUCCAGGCAGGCGCUGGCAGCUCCUCUCCUCAACCUCCCCCCGAAGAAGAAAAACGCGGAUUAUUACGAGAAGAUCUCCGACCCCUUGGACCUCGCCACCAUUGAGAAGCAGAUCUUGACGGGCUAUUACAAAACCGUGGAAGCGUUUGAUGGCGACAUGCUCAAGGUUUUCCGGAACGCGGAGAAAUAUUAUGGCAGAAAAUCUCCGACCGGGCGCGACGUGUGCCGGCUCCGCAAGGCCUAUUACAGCGCUCGGCACGAGGCGGCCGCCCAGAUCGAUGAGAUCGUGGGAGAGACGGCAAGCGAAGCCGACAGCAGCGAGACCUCGGUCUGCGAGAAGGAGAACGGGCACGAGAAGGACGAGGACGUGAUCCGCUGCAUCUGCGGCCUGUACAAGGACGAAGGGCUCAUGAUCCAGUGCGAAAAGUGCAUGGUGUGGCAGCACUGCGACUGCAUGGGCGUGAAUUCCGACGUGGAACACUACUUGUGCGAGCAGUGCGAACCUCGAUCUGUGAACAGGGAGGUUCCCAUGAUCCCUCGUCCCCAUUACGCCCAGCCCGGCUGCGUUUAUUACAUCUGCUUGUUACGGGACGACCUGCUGCUGCGCCAAGGUGACUGCGUGUACCUGAUGCGCGACAGCCGCCGGACCCCAGACGGACACCCCGUGCGGCAGUCGUACCGCCUCCUGUCCCACAUCAACAGGGAGAAACUCGACAUCUUCCGCAUCGAGAAGCUCUGGAAAAAUGAGAAGGAGGAGCGGUUUGCCUUCGGGCACCAUUAUUUCCGCCCGCACGAGACGCAUCAUUCCCCUUCGCGCAAGUUCUACCACAACGAGCUGUUCCGCGUGCCGCUCUACGAGAUCAUCCCCUUGGAGGCCGUGGUGGGAACGUGCUGCGUCCUCGACCUCUACACCUACUGCAAAGGGAGGCCGAAAGGCGUGAAGGAGCAGGACGUCUAUAUUUGCGAUUACCGCCUCGACAAAUCCGCUCAUCUCUUCUACAAGAUCCACCGCAACCGCUACCCCGUGUGCACCAAGCCCUACGCCUUCGACCACUUCCCCAAAAAACUCACGCCCAAGAGAGACUUCUCCCCUCAUUACGUCCCAGACAACUACAAGAGAAACGGGGGCAGAUCUUCAUGGAAAACAGAUCGCUCGAAACCCCAGAUGAAAGACUUAAACCAAGAAGAGGAUUCUCUACCGCUCAUCGAGGACGUUUUAGGAAACCAAGAGCAAACUCCGGGCGAGGUGCCGGGGCUGGAGGAGCCCGACAAAGAGGCGCUUCCGAGCGAGAGCUGCGCAGCGGAGAAAAAGGGGGAGGAAAGCGGGUCUGUGUGCAGCGCGGAGGAGCGGAGACACGUCCAGCGCGAGAGGCUCAACCAGAUCCUGCUCAACCUCCUCGAGAAGAUCCCCGGGAAAAACGCGAUCGAUGUCACGUACCUGCUGGAGGAAGGAGCGGGGAGGAAGCUGCGGCGCCGCACCCUGGCCGUGCCGGAGAGCAGCUUCAGGAAGUGACGGCACCGCCAGCGCUGCGGUUCGGAACCUGCUCCGAGGGCGAGAGCCCGAAUCCUCGCGCCGGCCGAGGGAAGGAGGGCGGCGGCAACAAAAACCACGGACAAAUCAUACGAAACAGUUCAGCACUUGGGCGGCCGGGUGCUCUCAUGGUGUGUGUGUUGUUGGGCGUGCCUUGUAUUGAUGUUCGGUACUGAGAAAAACCUUGUGGUUCUUGUCCAGGAUGGUCAAAAUUUAAUUUAUUUUUUGCUUGAUAUUCCCACUCAGAGGAAAAAUCUAUUGAAAAAGAGAUAAACGGGGAGGUAAGAAGGGUGAGGAUGGACUCUGCUGAGGGUGCUCAGCGGUGAAGCCGGGACUGGCCAGGCGCGCUCGGCACCGCCGCCGGUGGAAAGCAGCCGUGAGGGGAACGAGCGGCCGCCUCCGAUUUGCACAAGUUCCGAGAAGAGCGAAACGUGCGGAAUGUGGCGAAUUGUCCAGCGUCACCUCGGAGCGGAGCAGGAGUUGGUGCAGGCGCUCGUUCCGCAGCGGAGCGCGGGACGGGGGUGAUUGCGGUGGAUUGCGUUGCUUUUAUCCACUUCUUUUCUGCAGAGAAGUUUUUCCCAAGCGAGUCGAACCCUGACGACGCCAUCGCUGUUGGUUCUUUUGCUAAGCUGUGGUUCUCGUGUGUCUAGUGUGUCGUGCAAAUUAAAACCUCUUAAAAGGAGAAAAAAAAACCCACAAAAACCCAAAAAAAAAAGGCAAUCUUCACUACAUGCCCCGUCGAGCAGUAUUCAGAGCGAGUAUUUGUUGUGAACUGUAGAAUAUAUCGACUGCUAACACUAUUCUUGUGUUCUGGUUGUACAGCUGCAAAGUCCGUCUCUUAAAUUAAGAGGUGGCGUAUCCCGCGCCCCCAAAGCCGCGGUUGGAACCGCCGCCGGAGCAGCAGCGUGGCAGGUACCGGAAGGCGGGGGCGCGCCGCUGAGGCCGCCGCGGUGAGGCCGCGGGGCGCGGGGUGCGCCGCCCCCAGACCAGCUUCGCUUGGUGUCUCAGCCGUACAUACGCAUCCCCCGUCCUGUUUUAGAUGUUCCUCCAAGAGAAAAACCCCCAGUUUUUAAUGUGCCAAGUUGUAUAUAUAUAUAUCUAUCUGCUGCGUGGAUGUAAAGCAAUACGGUAGUUCCAUGUUCCUUUUUAACGGACCAAGCUCGUCCUAAUGUACAUUCUUGUUAUUAUUAUUCUAAUUAUUUUACUCUUAGUGGAACAUGACUCAUUCCAUUCACUUUGACGUGUUGAUUUGAAAAGUUCAAAAAAAGCAAAAAAAAAAAAAAAAACAAAACAAAAAAAAGAAAACAACGACAAAAAAAAGGACAAAAAACCCUUUGAGAAAAAAAAAUAUUUUAUUAAAAAAAAAAAAUAAGAAAAUAGUUUGGAAUAUUUUCUUACUGUAGAGAAGCACUGUACAGAACCAGGAGCCCUGAGUAUCAAAUACUCGUGCGUGUAGUAGGAAUAGCGCAUGUCCCGAACCUGCCGUUGUCUCCCUUAGUCCAACAGGAAUCAUCGUCUGCAAUGGUGUUAAACACUACAGCCUUUUUAAAGAGCAAGAACCCAACGUCCAGCGCGUGCAGAAGCGAGACACUAGCUCUGGCAUCUCCUCUUUCUUUUGUUGAAAGACUAAACAAAACGUUUUGUAGACAAUCAACCGUUAGGUAAGUGCAAAGACUUGUUUUUUCUUACUGGUGUAGAAAUUACUGACUUUUUUUAUUUGUUGGGUUAUUUUCUAACGCCGAGAGCGCGGGGUCGGCCCAGGAAGCACUACAUUACUGCAAAUAGCUCCCCACUUAGUCUGCAUGGGUGUAGGCUGUGUGAUUGCUGAAAAUAAAUGCUGCUAAUAUAUUUCCUUUUUACAAAGCAUAUCUAAAUAGAUCAUUGUUUUGAUGUUAAUCUUUGUAAAUUAUGUAUUACCAAUUUUAACAUUGGAUGUAAUUGCAUAAAAAGCCUGCAUCUCAAUCCUGAGAGUCUAGUAUUAAAUGGAAGAUCUUUUCCUA